UUUAAUCACACGGCAAAAUUGUAACAUACAUUGCAAUGUUUUGCAAAUAAUACUUUCACAAAUAAUACUGAUUUUGUUAGUCUUUGAAAAGUGUAGGCCAAUGUCUCAUGUUACGUCAACCAUGCGCCUCCACCCACGGGGUGCGUUAUCCUGCGCUUGUGAGCGCAGCAAACUUUGAACUCUUCAAAGAUGGCGACAAGCGGUGGGUGAAGUUUGGAGAUGGUCCAUCAGUUCUUUGUCGACACAUCGAAAAGCCAAAACGGAGCUCUCCUGAUCAGCUACCGAGUCGUUGUUGAAAAACACAUAGCUAUUUCAUAAUCGAAAUUACCGCGAGUGGUUGAGCAACAGAGCCACCUCCUUACUGCGUUUACAUUUGUGCGGAGCAGGUGUAGAAGAUGGAGGGAGAGGUGGGCCUUGUGACCAGUCGCAGUCUGAGAGAGAAGAAAAGAUCCUACAAAGAUUUCCUGAGAGAGGAGGAUGAGGAUGAGGAUGAGGAUGAUGACCUAGUGGCGGAUGAGGAACAACUUGUUGUCAAAGAACGCAAAUGCAAGAAAUCAUACAAGAAGAAGAGGAGACAUUCAGGUGACCACACCCACCCCCACAGUUGGACCAAUGGCAGUGCAGGACCGGAGUUGUAUGUUCUCUCCCAUCACCAGUACGACCACCAGACCUGUGAAUCACCAGAUGAAUGGUUGACAGAAGGGGAGAGAUUUGAGGAAAGUAGGGAGGAGUCUACCAUGCCUUCGUUCUGGAUGUACAUGGACGACCAGCAGAACGAGAUAAGAGCGGAGGCCUCUACAGCUAGUUGCAGUCUCAUGACCCCUGAUACCACAGACUCACCCAUGUUGACAGGGCCUGAGGUAGACCCAGUGAACGCAGCGGCCCACCUACAGCUGCUGGGGGAAUCGCUGUCUCACAUUGGCCACCGGCUUCAGGGAACUAAGGAGAUGAUGGCAGUGUCAGGUAGUCUGUCUGUGUUACUGGACUCUCUACUGUGUGCCCUGGCUCCCCUGGCCUGUCUCACCUCUCUGGUCCCUGAGCUACGCAGCUGCCCUUCACACUCACACACACUGGCAGAGACUCUGGACAACAUUGCCUAUGUGAUGCCUGGUUUGUGAAGUCUGUCUGAUGAGGAGAAGAGCCUUAACCAGGGCAAACAGGAUGUUGUCAUACUUUGAAGAUGUUCCUUCCUGUCUGUUUGGGGCCUUUUGAAGGGAUGGGGGAUAAGUAAGCCGUUUGUUUUAAGAGGGGCUUUUAAGCGAACGUCCCAAUCUGCGCGUCCCGCUCUACUUUACCUCCAAAGUUAUCUGGGUUCAUAUUGAAUUUGAAAGAUAAACCAUUUGUUUAGUUUCAUUUGUUCCAUUAAAACGUGUUUUGUUCAUGCA